GCUUGCCGACGGAGUAGGAGGGCCUUUGACACACUUGACGCUCAGGUGAAUUGCAAUCGAGAACGGAGAGACUCGUAGUUAGUGCGGAGCUGGAGAUCGAACGGAGCGCGUCUCGACGGAAGUGUGAGAAAGAAAGGGACAAAAAAAAAAAGAGUGAGGCAAACGAAGAAAAGACAAAAGGUCAAAACAAAAGACAUGAUGCGCGACAGUGACAAAUACUGAUCAAUAGCGUGAUGAUUGAUAAUCUGCGAUGAAACAUAAGUGCGACAAUCUGCGAUUGUGCGACGGAUGUGCCGGAUCAAAACGAACUAACACAAGAGAAGAAGAGAACCGUCGGUGCCGAUAAAGGGAGUGGGAGAAGGUCGAGAAGUUUUCGGCGACAGAAAGUGGGAGAGGUCCGAUGCUGAUCAGCCGAGAUCUCCGAUAAAUAGGAAAGACAUAUGAUGAACGCGAGUAGAAACCAAAGAAUCCGACGCGGCACGUGGACGAUGAUUCUCACGCGAAAUCAAAAGUGCACCUGUUCUAGUUACUAGAUAAGUAGUUGAUCAGUGACGCCGGUAGAUGGUGAUUCAGAGCGUGCAUUACUUCCGGGAUCUUACCUCAAACUUCUGGUCAUUCACAAGUUAAACGAAGUUAGAAUAUAUAUAUUAAAAAAAAAAAAGUAAACGUAGUUUUGACUUUAAUCAAGUGAUUUCGAAGAUGUAUCGAGUAACGACGGUGUUUCUGUUGUGUCUCUCGAUAACGUCGUCGUAUUCGGAACUGUUCAGCGCUGACAAGCUCAGGAUGUACGCGAAGUUCCUGAAUCUCGACAAGCUUAGCAUCAACGAAACGGGCAACGAACUGUGGCACGGGCUUUUUAGGGACUGCAACAAGAAAGUGACAUUUUCGUGCAUACAGAAAAACGCGUACACGUAUCUCGACAACGUCUUCAUCGAGAAGGACAAUAUCACCGUCUUCGACGGUCUGAUACUUACGAGGAACACAAAUGUCACCUACGACACGUGUCCUAAAUUAACGGAAAGUCGUAACGACGUUAGCGAGAACCUCGUGGAUGACGUCGACGCAGAAGAUUGCGAAAAGAAAGCGGACGACGAGACGGAAGAUCGAAAAUUUAAAGAACCGGAAUCGCCGCUUGAGGAAGUUACGAACGCUCUCCGGCGGAAAACAGUUAAGUUCUUGUCGACGAGAAAUUACGAACUUCAACUUCCGCAAUUCUUCUUCGAAGGCGCCACCGUGAAGAUAAGCCCGCGCGAGAUAGACGAGCAUGGCGCUCUUCUCAGAGUGGAUUUCGGAACUCAAGACGUACAGGAAGGACGAAUCUUGUUCAAAAAAUUUAAAAAGUUCUUACAAAAUAAAUUAUUGACGAGCUUCCUGGCGCUUCUCUUGAUUAUCAAGUUAAUCAAAGUAAAGUUUCUGUUCGUCAUUCCGUUCCUGUUCGGUGUUGGCGCCGCGAAGAAACUCUUCCUCAAGUUAUUGCUCUUCUUCAUCCCGGCGUUCGCGCACAUCUUUAAGCUCUGCUCCAGCUACUAUUCGAACCACGCCACCAAGUUCCACCAUCACCAUCAUCAAGUAGCGCAUCACCAUCAUCACGUGCCAGUUCCGGUUCCGGUCCCGGCGUUUUAUCAUCGUCAUCACAACGAUUUAGACGGCUACGACGAGUACGAUCAUCCUCACAUUCAAUACCGGAAGGACGUAGAGGAACUCAAGGAAUGGGGCAUCGAGCCUUACGACGAACCUUACGAAGAGGCCAGUCAGAUCGUGAACCGCGUUGUUUCACCUCUCGCGAACUCGAUAUAUUCGGGUCCGUACGGGUUGCCGCAAUACGCGCCGAACGUAAAGCCGAUCGCGUCAUCUCACCUGGACAACUCGGCUAACGCGCACAAUCUGGCCUACUCCGGAUAUGUGAACGACAUCAAGCACAAUCGGCGACCCGCUCAGCCGACGAUCUCCGUGUUGAAUUCGAAGACGCCGGUGAAGAAGACGCCGUACAACACGAUUUUCGCGACAAACGCGCGACCGGUUCCUCAUCCGCAGAGGCUGUUGACACCUGUCGCGUCUUCCAAGAGCUCGACUAUAUCGAUCUCGCGACAAGAAACAGAUGAUGACUAUUACGGGCCGAUAAUCGACCGGCUGGAAAAUAUCUUUGACCAGCUGAGCUUCCACGACGAGAUCUGUCGGGAAUUGCUCGUGUGCAGCAUGUACAAAAACCCAGCGAGCUACUCGCCGCACAGUAACAUCGUGUCGAACGAGCUCUCCAGAGAUCCGGAGGAAUUGAAGCUUAUUUCUGACGUGACGGAGAGUUCGAAAAAAUUCCUCAGAUAUCUAAACGCGGCCAGACUAGGUCAAGAAGGUGGAAAUUGUCUCAGAACGUAUCCCUGUCACAGCAACAUCGAAUGAAUGUAGAACUUUUCUAGUAAUUUGCGCAUAUUUAUAAUACGACGAAUUUAAAAUGUCCGUCGUUAGACUUACACGUUUGCUCAAUAAGCCUUCCGAGGGAAUGAUAAGAAGAAAACUGACUGUUUUACUGUUAUAAAUGCAAUAUUUAAAAACUGUAAUACUGCCAUGUACGUACACGCGAGAACUCUCUAAAACCUUUCCACUAAAAAAAAAAAAAAAACAGAAAUUGAAGUAUUCUGUGUAGAAAUUUACAAUAAUACUUAAUAAUAAUGUAAAGUUAAUUGAUUUUGUUACUUAUGAUAAUUUAUGCCAAUUCUUCAGAGUUAGUGACACACUGAAGAGAAAUCGGUGAGAUUUUGUGAUCAAAGCUUCCAUGGACUGUUGACACGUUGUCAAAAAAGUCUCUACAAAUAUCAUCAAUAUAUAUGUAUAUCUAUAGUUAUAGAUAAUAACAUUGAUACAAUAUUGGAUUGUGUGGCAUUUUGUUAGAUAAUAUUUAUGUACUUCGAAUAUAGAGUGUGUCAAGAAUCUAACAAAAAUAUUAUUAAUUUAUUUGAUUAUUCUUGAAAACAAAUAUCUUAAAGAUGAAAAAAAAGAGAACAAAUACAGCGUAAACGCAUGAAAUGUAAUUACACACAUUGCAAAAGUUGUUUACCAUUUGUGUAAGAAGAAUUAUUUAACUGCAGUUUGUGAUGUUAUUAACUUUAUAAGAUUUCGCGUAUGAACAAUCACAUGAAAAUAUAUAUGAAACUUCUUCUCUCAUAAAUAUUGUAUGUAUUAGUGUACACAAUAUGUCCGACAUUUAAUGUAAAAAGUAGUUAAGAAACAAACGCGCGAUGAAUAAUUAUAUCUGCGAUUUAGCUAUAUAAAAGUAUUGUAUACUUCUUAAUCUUAAUAUUUUAGAGAAUUACUAUUAUUAUUACAUACUCGGGUGCCAUACCCAGCAAAUGUUAUUAUUUAAUGUUAUCUUAUUAAUUUUAUUUUAUUAAAAUACAGUGU